ACUGAUUUCACUUGAAUAUAAAGUAUAUAUACUGGAGCCGAUGGAAGAGGGAAACACACAUUGGCUUUACAGAGGAGACGAUCUUAAACUCACCCAGGGAGCCUGCGGACACGGUCACAACAUCUCAUACCCUACAGAGAUGACGAACACUACAGUAGCCGGCUUCAGCUCUCACAGCAGGAGGCAUAAAAGAGACGCCCAGAGCAGCACCAAGCAUGUGGAGUUGAUAAUCGUCGCAGACAACCGCGAGUAUCAGAAACAGGGGAAAGAUGUGGAGAAAGUGAAACAGAGGCUUGCUGAAAUAGCAAACUACGUGGACAAGUUUUACAGAUCGCUGAAUAUCCGUGUGGCUCUGGUGGGGCUGGAGGUGUGGAGUGACGGAGACAAAUGCUCCAUCACACAGGAUCCGUUCACAUCGCUCCACGAGUUCCUGGACUGGAGAAAACUCAAGCUGCUCCCGCAGAGACCCCACGAUAACGCUCAGCUCAUCAGUGGCGUUUACUUCCAGGGCACCACCAUCGGCAUGGCUCCCAUUAUGAGCAUGUGCACUGCGGAGCAGUCAGGGGGCAUCGUCAUGGAUCAUUCCGAUAACCCUCUUGGCGCUGCGGUUACUUUGGCCCAUGAACUCGGACACAACUUCGGCAUGAACCACGACACGCCGGAGCGUGGCUGCGGCUGCAGAGCCUCCGUGGACCGCGGCGGGUGUAUAAUGACCCCCUCCACUGGGUAUCCUUUCCCUACGGUCUUCAGUACGUGCAGUAAGAAGGAUCUUGCGGCGAGUAUGGAGAAAGGUGUGGGCAUGUGUUUGUUCAACAUGCCGGAGGUGAAAGUGCUCUACGGAGGCCAGAAAUGUGGAAACGGAUAUGUCGAGGAGGGAGAGCAGUGCGAUUGCGGAGAUGUGGAGGAGUGUCUGAAUCCCUGCUGUAAUGCAAGUACAUGCACACUGAAACAGGAGGCUGUAUGUGCACAUGGACAGUGUUGUGAAGACUGUCAGCUGAAGUCUGCAGGGACUCCGUGCCGUGAGUCCAGUAACUCCUGUGACCUGCCGGAGUUUUGCACAGGUGCCGAUCCCCACUGUCCCGCUAAUGUCUACCUGCACGACGGACACAACUGUCAAGGUGUGGAUGGACACUGUUACAACGGCAUCUGCCAGACACACGAGCAGCAGUGCAUCACACUGUGGGGACAGGGUGAGGACAGCGCCACCCGAAGGUGUCAGCGCUCCUGCUUAAUAGAGACCGUCUGGGUUUCGUGA